UCUUCCGCGCGAGCUUCUUUCCUUUCCCUCUCAACUUUCACUCUGAAACCUAAGAAAAUCCAAUCGACUUCCUCAAUCGAUCUCAUACACUGCUGCUUGCAAGUAAGAUUCCGAUCCACAAGAGCUGAGUUCACCGCAAGUGUGCUUGUUGUUCACUGUAUCUUCAGCUUGCAACUGAGAUAACAACAUACGUGUGAAGGAGAAUAAGAAGAAGAAGCAUGUUCCUGAC